AUGAUAUUCGAAAUAGGUGAAAUAUUUACAGUCUAAGAAUCAUUGAAGGAUGAGAAAAUAGCAAAAAAUUUGGAUUUGGAUGUUGGUUCCUAGAAUGAUUUUCUUGAUUUGAGAUCUACUGACCCAAAUCCUCAUCUACCAAAUAGAAGAUUGGAUCGUAAAGCAUAAAAGAGAUAAGAUCAAAUCCCUAAAAAGUUUGAACAAACUAAGGAAGAGAAGGAGACUGUUAAAGCAUCAGAAAUAAUCUCAAAUAUCAUUAAAGAUGUAUUUAAGAUGGACAUCAAUGAGUUUGAGUAAAUGAAUUCACCUGAGAAAUUGAACAAAGAAUAUAAAUUUCAAGAAAUUGACCCUGAAAAAAGGAAAUAUUUAAGAAUGAAAAUACCUCUCAACAAAAGAUAAGAAUAAUUCGAGUAGGAGUUAUUAAAUGUGAAAUCUGAUUUAAAAUUAAAAAUACAAGAAAUUCGCAUGCCUUAAUAAAAAAAUACUGGGAAUAAUUCUUAAAAGGAUGAAAAUACUUUCAGUCGACCUAAUUCAUAAAAGAUUAAAUAGAAUUCAAGCUCAAAUAAGUUAUUUUUUAAUUCGAGUAAUGAAGUAGAUACAAUUGAUUCUCAUAUUUGGUUAUAAAGUAGGUUAGAUAGAACAUUAAAAUUGAACUCACAUAAUCCAGACACUUAGAAGGCAUGGAAGGAAUAUUGGAGCAACAUAAAUUGCUCUGAUUUUAAAACCUUUUAAGAAUAUCAAUAAUAACAUAAGAAACCUCAUCUUGCAUCAGAUUUAGUCACUAUUAAUUAUGGUGGGGAGAGAUCUGUCAAAUAUUAAAAGAAUGAUAAUGAGACCUCUGUAAAUAUCAAGAAUUCAUCAUCACUUACAAUAAAGAAUAAGUAGAUAACUAGUGAACAUAUUCUUUAUUUAUCUAUGGUUGAACCACCUUUGAUAAAUCUCUUAAGAGUUGAAUUCAUAAGAACCUAAUUGAAUGAAACUGCUUUUAAAUUGUUAACUACUUUGCUGAGUGAAUGCAAAAGAUUAGAGUACUUAAAUAUCUCUAGCAAUACAUAUCCUAGAAAUUAAACUAUUAAAAUAUUAUUAUUGGAUUUGUAGAAUCUCAAAAUCUUGAAAAUGUCAGACAUGAUGAUUUCAACUAAAUAUUUUUUGGAUCUUUGUGAAGUGCUGGUCUAAACUAAUAUUUAGGAGAUCGAUCUUAGUAAUAACCUGUUAGAUCAUCAUGCUUUACGAUGCAUUAAUUACUUUAAUUAAAUACUUGCCUUCUUUAACAUAAAUGGAUUUCUAAUAAAAUGA